AUGAUAAAGAACCAAUCACGGUUUUCGGAAGUAAUUUUUUUGUAAGCAAAUUUACAAAACAAGAACCUUUCCUUUGACGUGUGUGCACACUAUUAUUAUUAAAGUUUAUUAAACAUUACUACAGGAAAGAUUUUCCUUAGGCUGACAAUGCUCAAUUAAAGUUAAAAGUUAGAAAUCGAUUUAUAACACAUCGCUAAAUUACACUUUCAACAUGAGUUCCCCAGAACCCAAAAAAAGGAGGCGAGAUACAAAGCUUUACUCAGAAGACUGGGUGCUAGGUGAAGAAGAAGACAUCGAGGGAAAACACACUUUCAACCUUCAAGAAAAACUCGAAUCUGUAAAGUUUGAUCGAGAUUUUAUCCAAGAAAUGGAAGGAAAAGAUUUUACAAUUUCAUACUUGCAACAGAACGGGUUUGAAACUCCAAUCCUUGUAACAGAAAAAUCAGAUCUUGGUUUGUUAGUGCCUAGCAAAAUAUUUUCUGUGAAUGAUGUCAAGAUUUGUGUUGGUUCAAGACGGCACAUCGAUGUGAUGGAUGUCAACACGCAGAAAAAUAUUGUGAUGACAAUGAAAGAGUGGCAGAAAUACUUUGACGACCCAGUCAGAGAUAAACUGCUCAAUGUUCUUUCUCUGGAGUUCAGUCAUACCAAACUAGACAACUACGUGCAGUCCCCGAUGAUUGUGAGACAGAUUGAUUGGGUGGACACAGUUUGGCCGAGACAUCUGAAAGAGGCUCAGACAGAGUCUACGAAUGCGAUAGAAGACAUGAUGUAUCCAAAGGUUCAGAAGUACUGCCUUAUGUCCGUGAAAGGCUGUUACACAGACUUUCACAUAGACUUUGGAGGAACGUCAGUGUGGUAUCACAUACUGAAAGGAAGCAAGAUCUUCUGGCUCAUACCACCCACAGACGUGAACAUCUCUAAAUAUGAGAAGUGGGUGUUGUCGGGACAGCAAGGGGAUGUGUUUUUCGGGGACACGGUGGAGUGGUGUGGUCGUGUCACUCUUAACGAAGGAUCCACGUUCUUCAUCCCCUCGGGUUGGAUACACGCGGUGUACACACCCUCUGACUCCAUGGUGUUUGGUGGCAACUUCCUUCACUCGUAUUGCAUCGACACACAGUUACGCAUAGCGCAAGUGGAGGAGACCACUCAUGUACCUCAGAAGUUCCGUUACCCAUUCUUCACAGAGAUGCUGUGGUAUGUGCUAGAGAGGUAUGUUCACUGUCUACUGGGAGUUUCCCAUAUCAAGGACACGCCGUCCAAUCCUGCCAAGGAACAUGUUCACCUCACUAUACAGGAACUGAGAGGAAUCAAGGCUAUCUUGUCGUAUCUGCAUUUCCUGCCCACAACCAAGAAGAAUGUGCCCGCGUUGAUAGAGGACCCGGUGUCGCUGAUCAAGGACGUUCGCAUCUUGGUGGAGCGACAUCGCAACGACAGUCCCGCGUCUGCUGUCACUGGAUGUGCCAUCUUCAAGGCAACACAGGCUGUCAUGACGAAACGCAAGAUAGUCAAGUUAAAGAGAGGCCCAAAGCCGAAGAAAGACAAGGAAGGCAAGUUGGCUGUGAAGAGCCCCAAGAUAGCCGCACCCAAACGACGACGGACGCGCUGCAAGAAGUGCGUGGCUUGCAAUAACAAUGAUUGUGGCCAAUGUAACUUCUGCAAGGACAUGAUCAAGUUUGGUGGAACGGGCAAGUCCAAGCAAAGUUGCACCCAACGCCAAUGCCUUCAGCCAAUGUUGCCGAACAACACAACGUGUUUGAUCUGUGGUAAAGACGGGUGGGAGAACGACCAUUCUAGGAUAGAAGCUGAGACUCGGGAGUUGAUACCAAGCUCCAUCAUGGAGUGUGCCAUCUGCUACGACCUGGUGCAUCCAACGUGCAUAGCCGCAUCGUACCCUGAUGUGUCUGGAAUUGUAGACGAAGAUCUACCUAACAGUUGGGAAUGUCCCAGAUGCUGCAUGGAGGGGAGAAAUACAAACUAUAAGCCAAGACACUUCAAAGCGAGGGACAAACUGUCUUCGUUGCGAGAAUCUGGCAUCUUCACCAACGGAACUGAGGAACUCGUGGAAACCGUCGAGACAAGCUCGUGACAGUCUUUCUAAAAGUUGGUUAUGAUCUCACAAAACUUACUCUCGUGUAAGUCUGCUACGUCCACCUAAUAACCUUUUGUUUCUCACACAAGAUAAAAAAAGAUACUAAGAUUAGUACUUUAAUAUACACAUCUUAUGUGUUACUUAGGUAGUCUAUGGAGUGCUUGUUAUCUGUUACAGUGAUCAAAUGUUAAACUUAGUAUUGUUUGGUUACGAUGGCCAUUGUAAAUUGCCCUACCAGUUCUCAUGAUAUUAUGCCUUUUGUGUUAGGUCUAGGAUUAAUUUGUAUUGCCCGUGCUUGUGUGUUAUAAAUGGGUUGUAUGGAAUAUGUUAUGUUCCUUCUUGUUUCCUAUUAACUAUCCCAGUGUUGUUCGAGAGGUGUUCAUGCCCGGUCUUAAAUUGUUAUAACUCUCAGACAAAAACGUGAUGUUUUAAUUCAUUGGUUAAAAAAUUAUUUGUGCAAAUAAGCGUCUAAACUGUAGUGGAAAGUGUUUGAUUUCUAUGUAGCCUAAAUUGUUGUUUCCUCAACAUUUCAAAAGGAAAACUUAUAAAAAAAUUUAAAAAAUAUAUUUGUUGUUAGUUUUACCAGUUUUACUAUAGAUAAGCAAACUCUUUUUCAGACAAUUGAAUUGUUUAGCUGAGACAAUUACAUUUAAUUGAUUUAAUGAAAGAUAAUGUUUGUACAUUACUGUUUUUCCAGUCACACAGCCUACCAUACAUCAUACAUCAUUCAUACAGUCAUAUAGUCAUAUAUAUUUACAUUUCUUUUUUAGGCUUUUAAUAUUCCUUUAGACAAAUAUAUUUUUAAAGUAUUUUCCUAGCAUAAUGAUAACUUACAAUGGCUGUUACUUUCGUAUAGUAUAAUUUAGAGAUUUAAUCUGUGUUAUUUAUUUUUAUUUUUGCCAUUCUGUUAGAUUCAUUUCCUUCAGUAUUGUUACAAUUAAUUGUAUUAUAUAAAUAAAAAGUGUAUAUAGGAGUAGUUAGUUUACAAUAUUGUUACCUGGCAAAAUAUCAAUCUAUAUAUAUAUAUGGCAUAUUUUUGGUUUGUAUAAUUAAUUAUAGUUUCACUUCAUUAUUCAUAGUGUUUUCUUCGAUAUACCAGUAAUUAUGGUGUUUCUAUGCCGUUGGUGAACACAAUCUACUUAAUUUGAUUUAAUUUAAGAUUGUUAUGCUCAAUGACAGAAAACAUAAACUUAAUCCAGUGAUGGACUAAAAUAUUAUUGAUAUUGUUUGUUUUAAAACAAUUUUUUAACAGAAAAUAUAUAAACAUAAUUCAAUUCCGGGCUAAAAUAUUAUUCAAGUUGUCCGUUUUAAAACCUAAUUUUUUCUACUGUUCUGAGAUGAAUAAAUUAAUAAUUAUGUUUUUUUUACUGGUUGGUGUCUGUAGCAUUUAAAUAAUUUUUCAAUUGUAUCUAAAUGCUCAUCAUAUUGAUUUGUUUUGACUUAUUAAAACUAAAGAUAUGAUGAUGAUAUGAUAAACAUUUUAAACAGAGCCAACCGCCUUUUAUUAACAUUGAUGUAAAAUUAUUCUAUUUUACUUAACAUUCUUCAAAAUGGUAUUAGCAAAGAUCCUAGAAUUGAAUGCACUAAAAUUUAGUAAAACAUUCUUUUGUAACAUUGAAUAAUUAAUGUCAUAGUUUAGUUGCCAUUUUUUAAAUUAUGAUGUUAUGAUCAGAAAGGUGAUGUUAAGUAGAUACUUACGGUAGUUUUUAGAUUAUUAUAAUUUGUUCACAAAAAAUGUAAGGAUUUUCACCAUUGUGUGUUGAAGUGAUUUCAACCUGAUUUGAAUGCAAUAUGUCAUUGUUAAAACUGCACCAAUUAUACUCCUAUAAGUUGUACCAGAUUAUCCCACAGUUACCGCUACUACAGUUUUUUUCAAAUGUUUAAUAAUAAAUCCUUUUAAAAUGUA